CGGCUUCUAGCGCCGGAGUGGGUUCGUGUGCUUCGACGCCGCCGGAGGCCUGCCGGGUGCGGCUCUGGCUUGAGACAGCGGUGGUUGGCGCAUGGAGGGCUCCUCGGAGGAGGAGGUGCCCGUGGCGGCGCUGGCUGCCGUGCUGAAGCCCAGCUCAGUGCUGCCACCCGAGAGCACCCCGGUCCGGGGCUAUGACUUCAACCGCGGCGUGGACUACCGCGCGCUCCUGGGGGCCUGCGGCACCACCGGCUUCCAGGCCACCAACUUCGGGCGCGCGGUGCAGCAAGUCAACGCCAUGAUCGAGAAGAAGCUGGAGCCACUGUCAGAGGAGGAGGACCAGCACGCGGACCUGACCCAGAGCCGCCGCCCGCUUACCGGCUGCACCAUCUUCCUGGGAUACACGUCCAACCUCAUCAGCUCCGGCAUCCGCGAGACCAUCCGGUACCUCGUGCAGCACAACAUGGUGGAUGUUCUGGUGACCACAGCCGGGGGCGUGGAAGAAGAUCUCAUUAAAUGCCUGGCACCCACGUACCUGGGCGAGUUUAGCCUCAGGGGGAAGGAACUCCGAGAGAAUGGGAUCAACAGGAUUGGGAAUCUCUUGGUGCCCAAUGACAAUUACUGCAAGUUUGAAGACUGGCUGAUGCCCAUUCUGGACCAGAUGGUGCUGGAGCAGAACACGGAGGGUGUGAAGUGGACACCCUCCAAGAUGAUCGCCCGGCUUGGCAAGGAGAUCAACAAUCCUGAGUCGGUGUAUUACUGGGCCCAGAAGAACCACAUCCCUGUGUUGAGCCCGGCACUCACGGACGGCUCGCUGGGCGACAUGAUCUUCUUCCAUUCCUACAAGAACCCUGGCCUGGUCCUGGACAUUGUUGAGGACCUGAGGCUCAUCAACACACAGGCCAUCUUCGCCAAGCGCUCUGGAAUGAUUAUCCUGGGCGGGGGCCUGGUCAAGCACCACAUCGCCAAUGCCAACCUCAUGCGGAAUGGGGCUGACUAUGCGGUCUACAUUAACACGGCCCAGGAGUUCGAUGGCUCUGAUUCAGGUGCCCGGCCGGAUGAGGCUGUCUCGUGGGGCAAGAUCCGGGUGGACGCACAGCCUGUCAAGGUGUAUGCUGAUGCCUCCCUGGUAUUCCCUCUGCUUGUGGCUGAAACCUUUGCCCAGAAGGCAGAUGCCUUUGUGCCCGAGAAGAAUGAGGACUGAGCAGCAAUUGUCCCAGGGAGAUCUUGCCCCACCUCUAUUUAUUAGUGUGAAAGCCCAGCCCCCCGAGCCUCCCUGGCCAGCACUGUGUCCCAAAUAAAUGGUUCCAGCUCUUCUUC